AUGCCAAAAUCCGUGUUCUAUAUUUUACCUGUGGUGUUUGCAAUCUUUGUUUAUUGGAACAUGGACACCACUCAACAGCCUUUGGAAUGGGAUCACUCCCCUGAGAAGAUUUUGCAGCUGGCCGACCAGCUGAUAGCAGAGGGCAGGCAGCUCGACGAUCUGGUCGCCAGCACCCUGGACAAUGCGUCGUUUAAAAACACCAUCGCGCCAAUUGCCCAUCUGGAAAACGUGCAAGCCAGAAUAUCCAACCAAAUUACCUUUUACCAGCACGUUUCUGCGUCGAAGGAGCUUCGGGACGCCUCGAACGAGGCCGACAAAAGGCUCAGAGAGUUCAGCGUCGAGUCGGACAUGCGUCUGGACGUCUACAGGGCGAUCCACGCGGUCUAUGAGAACGAGCUGGACAAAUUGGAGGGAGAGGACAGGAGGUUCCUCGAGAAAAUCCAUCGCCAGUAUGAGCGCAAUGGAUUGAACAAGCCAGAGGAGGUGCGGGAGCAAAUCAAGAACCUCAAGCAGAGACUGUCCACUUAUGCGCUGGAAUUCUCGAAAAAUCUGGGCGAGGAAACAGAGCACAUCUGGUUUACCAAGGAGGAGCUCGAGGGCGUCCCUGAGGACCUUGUGGCCCAGUUUGAGCAGGACAACGGCAAGUACAAGAUGACUUUCAAGUACCCAGACCUGUUCCCUGUGUUGAAGUAUGCCAACAACCCAGAGACCCGGAAACGGGCGUUUGUGGGCGACCAGAACAAGGUGAAGGAAAACGGCCCGCUUCUGAAACAGGCUGUCGCGACUCGCGCCGAACUGGCCAAACUGCUCGGCUACGAAAACUUCUCGGAGUACAUAUUGGAGGAGCGCAUGGCAAAAACGCCCCAGACAGUCAUGGACUUUUUGGUUGACCUCAGAGACAAGCUCAAGCCACUGGGAAGACAAGAAAUUCAGCGUUUGAGCGAAAUGAAGCAAAAAGACACGGGAGGUUCCGAGUACUAUGUCUGGGACCACAGAUACUAUCACAAUAGAAUGCUCGAGGAGCAGUACCAGGUCGACGAGAAACAGAUAUCCGAGUACUUCCCUCUGAAGCAGACAAUUGAGCGGAUGUUGGCCAUUUACGAGAAAAUCUUCCAGCUUAGCUUCAGGCAGGUUGAGAAUCCAAAGACCUGGCAUUCUGAGGUCCAGCAAUUCUCCGUUUGGAAAACCGACUCCAAAGAAGAGUUUGUUGGAUACUUGUACUUUGACCUACACCCCCGUGAGGGAAAGUACGGGCAUGCUGCCAACUUCGGUCUUGCCCCAGGGUACGUAGACGUCAAGACCGGCAAGAAGGUGUAUCCUUCAACCUCGCUGGUGUGCAAUUUUACCCGGGAUCAGGCUACGAAGCCCUCGUUGCUGAAACAUGACGAGGUGGUCACCUUUUUCCACGAGCUGGGCCACGGAAUCCACGAUUUGCUGGGCGAGACCAAGUACGCCAGAUUCCACGGCACCUCUGUGAGCUGGGACUUUGUGGAGAUGCCUUCCCAGCUUCUGGAGUAUUUCUGCUGGAGCAAGGACCAGCUCAAGUUUCUCUCCGGCCACUACGAGACUGGCGAAGCGCUUCCUGACAACCUAAUAGACUCUCUCAUCAAGUCCAAGAACGUGAACGGUGCGCUAUUCAACUUGCGCCAGCUGCACUUUGGAUUAUUUGACAUGAGCCUCCACACCUCUGCCGACGGCCAGGUGGACAUGGACCGCUUGUGGAACGAUCUGCGUGAGGAAGUGGCUCUGGUGAAAAAUGGCGACCAAACCACCACUGGGUACGCCUCUUUCGGCCAUCUUAUGGGCGGCUAUGCGUCUGGCUACUACGGAUAUCUGUGGUCGCAAGUCUUUGCUGCAGACAUUUUCUACUCCAAGUUCAAGGAAGAUCCGUUUAACGUGAAGAGCGGUCUGGAGUACAGAAGAAAGGUGCUGGAAAAGGGAGGCUCACGGGAGGAGAUGGAUCUAUUGGUCGAUCUGCUUGGCAGAAAGCCCUCGUCCGAUGCGUUUUUGCAGGAGUUGGGAUUGCAGAAGGCUGGUAACUGA